UCAGGCCCCGUCCGGGACACGCCGAGCACGCUGGCAGCAGCCAUGGCGGACGGCCCAGUGGCGGAGGUGCUGCUCCGGCAGCUAGAGGCGGCCGAUGGCGGCCUGGACAGCGCGGAGCUGGCAGCUAAGCUGGGCGUGGACCACCAGGUCGUAGUGGGCGCCGUGAAGAGCUUGCAAGCGCUGGGCGAGGUCAUUGAGGCUGAGCUGCGCUCCACCAAGCGCUGGGAGCUUACUGCUGAGGGCGAGGAGAUCGCCCGGGAGGGCAGCCAUGAGGCCCGGGUGUUUCAUAGCAUCCCCCAGGAGGGCCUGGCCCAGAGUGAGCUCAUGCAGCUGCCCAGCGGCAAGGUGGGCUUCAGCAAGGCCAUGUCCAACAAGUGGAUCCGCGUGGACAAGAGUGCAGCUGACGGGCCCCGGGUGUUCCGAGUGGUGGACAGUGUGGACGAUGAGGUGCAGCGGCGGCUCCAGCUGGUCCAGGGCGGGCAGGCUGAGAAGCUGGGUGAGAAGGAGAGGAGUGAGCUCAAGAAGAGGAAGCUGCUGACUGAAGUGACCCUGAAGACCUAUUGGGUGAGCAAAGGCAAUGCCUUCAGCACCAGCAUCUCCAAGCAGGAGACAGAGCUGAGCCCAGAGAUGAUCUCCAGUGGCUCCUGGCGGGACCGACCCUUCAAGCCAUACAACUUCUUGGCCCAUGGCGUCCUCCCCGACGGUGGCCACUUGCAUCCUCUGCUCAAGGUCCGCACGCAGUUCCGACAGAUCUUCCUGGAGAUGGGGUUCACAGAGAUGCCGACUGACAACUUCAUUGAGAGCUCUUUCUGGAACUUUGAUGCCCUUUUCCAGCCCCAGCAGCACCCAGCGCGUGACCAACAUGACACCUUCUUCCUCCGAGAUCCAGCUGAAGCCCUGCAGCUCCCAAUGGACUACGUCCAUCGGGUCAAGCGGACCCACUCUCAGGGUGGCUACGGCUCACAGGGGUACAAAUACACGUGGAAACUGGAGGAGGCCCGGAAAAACCUGCUGCGCACGCACACCACUUCGGCCAGCGCCCGUGCCCUCUACCGCUUGGCCCAGAAGAAGCCCUUUGCGCCGGCCAAGUACUUCUCCAUCGAUCGUGUGUUCCGAAAUGAAACCCUAGACGCCACACACCUAGCCGAGUUCCACCAGAUCGAGGGCGUGGUGGCUGACCAUGGCCUCACCCUAGGCCACCUCAUGGGCGUCCUGCGGGAGUUCUUCACCAAGCUGGGUAUCACCCAACUGCGCUUCAAGCCGGCCUACAACCCUUACACGGAGCCCAGCAUGGAGGUGUUCAGCUACCAUCAAGGCCUGAAGAAGUGGGUGGAAGUCGGGAAUUCUGGGCUCUUCCGCCCUGAGAUGCUGCUGCCCAUGGGGCUCCCCGAAAACGUGUCAGUCAUUGCUUGGGGCCUCUCCCUGGAGCGCCCAACAAUGAUCAAAUACGGCAUCAACAAUAUCCGGGAGCUGGUGGGCCACAAGGUGAACCUGCAGAUGGUGUAUGACAGUCCCCUGUGCCGCCUGGAUGCUGAACCGGGGCCCCCACGGACACAGGGUGCCGCGUGACAUGGGCCACCCUGGAUAGCCUUCCUUUCCCUGAGCCCCAGCUGUCCAGCCCCGUAGCAUCCCUGCCAGAGACCUCCUUGUAUUUAUAAGGCCUCUGUGAGGCCAUCCACCCCCCACUCCCACCCCUGGUAUCUCCUCUUCGGCACCUGCCGCAAGGGAGCAGGUAGCAGGUUCGACCUAGAAAGGUGGGCCCUAGGGAGCCCUGCAGGCCAUCCGCUGGCUAAUAAACUGGGCAGUUGUCCUCA